GCUGCGGGGCUGUACUCAGCCUGGCGCCGCCGCGGCCUCCCGCGCUUCUGCCCCGCCGCGACCAUCCGGGGAGCUGCCCCUCCCUGGGACCAUGUGUGACGGCGCCCUGCUGCCACCCCUCAUCUUGUCCUCGCUGCUGCUGCUGCUGCUGCUGUGGGGGCCCGGCCCGGGCUCAGCUGUCGGAGACGCGGCGACCGACGUGGAGGUGGUGCUACCCCGCCGCCUGCGCCCCGCCGACGUGCACCUGCCGCCGCUGCCCGGCGCCCUCGCGCCCCACAGCCGCCGGCGCCCUCGGUCGCCCCCAGCCGCCCCGCGCGUCCUGCUGUUGCACCUGCCGGCCUUCGGGCGCGACCUGUACCUGCAGCUGCGCCGCGACCUGCGCUUCCUGUCCCGCGGCUUCCAGGUGGAGGAGGCAGGCGGCCCCCAGCGCCGCGGACGCCCGGCCGAACUGUGUUUCUACUCGGGCCGUGUGCUCGGCCACCCCGGCUCCCUGGUCUCUCUCAGCGCGUGCGGCGCCGCCGGCGGCCUGGUUGGCCUCAUCCAACUCGGGCAGGAGCAGGUGCUCAUCCAGCCCCUCAACAGUUCCCGGAACCCCUUCCACGUGCAGGAGCAUCUCAUCAGGCGUAGAUGGUCCUCGACACCCAGCCCCCCAACUGAGGCCCAAGAUGUCAGGAAGCUCUGCGAGGUCCUCACAGAGAAGGAGCCCGCAGCAGGGCGGGGACGGAGGCAGGCCAUCGGGUUGACACAGGAGCACACCGUGGAGACUCUGGUGGUGGCUGACGCUGACAUGGUGCAGUACCACGGGGCCGAGGCUGCACAGAGGUUCCUGCUGACCGUCAUGAACAUGGUAAACAACAUGUUUCAGCACCAGAGCCUGGGGAUUAAAGUGAACAUCCAAGUCACCAAGCUCGUUCUGCUCCGACAACGCCCUGCUGCCCUGUCCAUCGGGCACCACGGCGAGCGCUCCCUGGAGAGCUUCUGCCACUGGCAGAACGAAGAGUUUGGGGGCGCUCGAUACCUUGGCAACAACCAGGUCCCCGGAGGGAAGGACGAUACCCCGCCCGUGGACGCUGCCGUGUUUGUGACCAGGACAGACUUCUGUGUCCACAAGGAUGAGCCGUGUGACACUGUGGGAAUCGCAUACCUGGGUGGCGUGUGCAGCGCCAAGAGGAAGUGCGUGCUGGCAGAGGACAACGGCCUCAACCUGGCCUUCACCAUCGCGCACGAGCUGGGCCACAACCUGGGCAUGAACCAUGAUGAUGACCACGCGCCCUGCGCCGGCCGGUCCCAUAUCAUGUCCGGAGAGUGGGUUAAGGGCCGGAACCCCAGCGACCUUUCCUGGUCCUCCUGCAGCCGAGAAGACCUGGAAAACUUCCUCAAGUCGAAAACCAGCGCCUGCCUGCUGGUCACAGACCCCAGGAGCCAACGUGCCGUGCGCCUCCCCCACAAGCUGCCGGGCAUGCACUACAGCGCCAGCGAGCAGUGCCAGAUCCUGUUCGGCACCAACGCCACCUUCUGCAGAAACAUGGAGCAGCAUCUGAUGUGCGCUGGACUCUGGUGCCUGGUGGAAGGGGACACAUCCUGCAAGACCAAGCUGGACCCUCCGCUGGACGGCACAGAGUGCGGGGCAGACAAGUGGUGCCGUGCAGGAGAGUGUGUGAGCAAGACACCACUCCCAGAGCACGUCGAUGGGGACUGGAGCCCCUGGGGCGCCUGGAGCAUGUGCAGCCGCACCUGUGGCCCCGGAGCCCGCUUCCGGCAGAGGAAGUGCGACAACCCCCCCCCGGGGCCCGGAGGCACACACUGCCAGGGCGCCAGCGUGGAGCAUGCCGUGUGUGAGAACCUGCCCUGCCCAAAAGGCCUGCCCAGCUUCCGGGACCAGCAGUGCCAGACACAUGACCGGCUGAGCAGCCAGAAGAAAGGUCUGCUGACUGCCGUGGUGGUUGAUGAUAAGCCCUGUGAGCUCUACUGCUCUCCCCUCGGGAAGGAGUCCCCUCUGCUGGUGGCCGACAGGGUCCUGGACGGCACGCCCUGUGGGCCCUACGAGACUGACCUCUGCGUGCAUGGCCGCUGCCAGAAAAUCGGAUGUGAUGGCAUCAUCGGGUCAGCGGCCAAGGAAGACCGGUGUGGAGUCUGCAGUGGGGACGGCAAGACGUGCCGCGUGGUGAAGGGUGACUUCAGCCAUGCUCGGGGGACAGGUUACAUCGAAGCUGCCGUCAUUCCUGCUGGAGCUCGGAGAAUCCGAGUAGUGGAGGACAAGCCGGCCCACAGUUUUCUGGCUCUCAAAGACUCCAGCAAAAGAUCCAUCAACAGCGACUGGAAGAUCGAGCUCCCUGGAGAGUUCCAGAUUGCAGGCACCACAGUCCGCUAUGUUCGCAGGGGCCUGUGGGAGAAAAUCUCCGCCAAAGGACCCACCAAAACCCCACUACAUUUGAUGGUGCUCCUGUUUCAUGACCAGAACUACGGCAUUCACUACGAGUACACUGUGCCCGUGAACCACACGGCUGAGAAUCAGAGCGAGCCGGCCAGACCCCAGGACGCCCUGUUCCUCUGGACCCACAGCGGCUGGGAGGGCUGCAGCGUGCAGUGCGGAGGAGGGGAGCGCAGAACCAUCGUGUCAUGCACGCGCAUCGUGAACAAGACCACAACACUGGUAAAUGACAGCCACUGCCCCCUAGCCAGCCGCCCGGAGCCCCAGGUCCGAAGGUGCAACUCUCACCCCUGCCAGUCGCGGUGGGUGGCAGGCCCUUGGGGCACCUGUUCGGCGACCUGCGAGAAGGGCGUCCAGCACCGGGAGGUGACCUGCGUGUACCAGCUGCAGAAUGGCAGCCACGUUGCCACCCGGCCCCUCUACUGCCCAGGGCCUCGGCCAGCUCCCGUGCAGAACUGUGAGGGCCAGGACUGCCUGUCUAUCUGGGAGGCCUCCGAGUGGUCACAGUGCUCUGCCAGCUGUGGCACAGGAACUCAGAAGCGUACCGUGACGUGCACCAACUCCCAGGGGAAGUGCGACCCGUCCACCAGGCCUCGUGCUGAGGACACCUGUGAUGACUAUUCAGGCUGCUAUGAGUGGAAGACGGGGGACUGGUCCAAGUGCUCGUCCACCUGCGGGAAGGGCCUGCAGUCGCGCGUGGUGCAGUGCAUGCACAGGGUCACCGGGCGCCAUGGCAAUGAGUGCCCCGCCCUCUCCAAGCCCGAGGCCUACAGACAGUGCCACCUGGAGGUCUGCAAUGACAAGAUCAACGUCAACACCAUCACCUCCCCUCGCCUCGCCGCCCUGACCUAUAAGUGCACACGGGACCAGUGGACAGUGUACUGCCGGGUCAUCCGAGAAAAGGACCUCUGCCAGGACAUGCGGUGGUACCAGCGCUGCUGCCAGACGUGCAGGGAUUUCUAUGCCACCAAGAUGCGCCAGCAACUACCGCCACCACCAAGCUCAUGACACGAUGCCCCCCCAUACACACAUGCACGUGCUCUGAGUCCUGGUGAUGUGGCUGGUGGGAGGCCAUCCACCUGAGAGACACCAGUCCUGAGGCCAGGGUCCCCCCAGAGCACACAGCCGCGCCCCCACAGGCUGUGCCCAGAAGCUAGUCACACAGGAUGUGAACCUGUUUGCCAUUAGUGCUUUUGUACCUGACACAUUGCCCUCAGCCGCCGGCUGGCUUUCUGCAGUAAGGGGAGCCAGGCAUGACUCACAGACCACCUGUCACUAUUCAGGUCCCAUGCCUCCGACAGCUGCCAACAGAGGCCACCUGGAGCGCUUCUGUUUGAGCUUUCUUUUGACAUUUGAAAUCUGGUGCUUGGUGGGAGGAACAGCAUCCCCAAAGUAAGACAUUUGACAUUAAAACAGGCAUUAUUAUGAAAGCUGGCAACACCCUGCAUGGAAAGACAGCCGUCAGUAUGCCUGUGCGCAUGGCAUGUCUGCAGGGAGCCAGGACUUCCAGUCAUGAAGCCACCACCGCUGAAGACAUGCUGGGCCCUGGAAGCCUUCCCUGAGGCUCUACGUCUGUGUCCGCCAGCAAGGACUUCCUGUCCUGUGUGGUGCUGCACAGUGCCCAGCCAGGUAGAGUAUUCUGGAAGGGUCUGGGUUUGCAGAAGCAUGUGGCUUUCAGAUCUCCGCUGUCCACCCCUUUGGGAAACGGAAGAGCCUUUCUUCCAGGUGCUAUGAAACUGAAAGUGGACACAUGCUGACUUGGGCAGCGGGAUUGCUUCCUGGUUCAGAACUGAGCUCAAAGAGCUUUUUGUGGGGGGCUCUCCCCCUUCUGGGAGGGCUCUCCUCUAGCUAGUACUUCACAAUACCUGGCUGCCUGCUGACCUUAGCUUCUGUCCUAGGCUGAUUCUUUUAGGACCCCUGAGGGUCUGAGCUCAGACCUGGCUCUCCUCCAGGACUCACUCAGCGCUCCUGCGGCACCAUCAUGGCCAAGCUGUCACUCUUGCUCCCUCCUCCUGUGGGGCAACAAUGACACUCCAAAACCCUGCAGGUCUCUCCCUCCUUCGCCCUCCUGUCCCCCUCACAACAGCCCACCCCUCUCCUCUCAGAGCCUCAUUGAGAGCACAGAAAGGAGGAAGGUGCUGCUUGACCCCUGAGCUGGCAGCGGGGACCCCAGGUGCUAGAAAGCUGUCUGUGGGCGUUCGAUGGGUGCUAAUGUCCAAGGAUUCACUGUGAGAAACCUCCAGCGCCUCCCUCACUGCAGCUGGCGCUCACCCAUGCUCUCAGCCACCAAGCCCAGGCCACACGCUUCUGUUUCUCCUUUUUUUGGUGCUGCAUUUAUGUAUCUGGCUUCUCUCUUACGGCGCCACAGCUUUGGGCUGAACUUAAAGGAGAGUGAGAGAAGCAGUUGCUCUGUUCCCAGGCCUGUCCUCUUGCCGUUGUAACAGCCCCCAAGGCAGAGAGGUGCCCUGGCCACCUUCACUUCUCCCUGAAUCCAGGAGGACCACUGAGAAACCUCCUUAGGUGCUUUUUGGAGAGGAGUGAGAGGUGCCCAGCUGGAGUGGCCCCCAGCCCCUGACCUCUGGCACUAGCUUCAGGGCCUGCCCAGCUCAGGCUCUGACACCAGAAGAACCCCCAGACCUCCACUUCUACAAAACCCUCCAGUUCUUAGGGAGCUAGAGUUCCAUUUUCUCUGAGGCCCCAGAUGGGCUGGGCUUCACUCUAGAGUGUUAGGAAGACCCCAGCGUGCAGGGGGCUGAGGCACAGAGCCAGGCAAGCACUGGUACCUCCAAACGUGCCCCCCCAACCCCAGAUCUAUCCCUGGGACACCCCCAAGAAAGAGAGCCCUGUGUGUUCACGGGUUGACGUGAUGCAGUUGACGGGUCUCUGUGGUGAAGAACAUGCUGUACUUCCACUAAGUACUGUACCUUUCAGGUCACCCCGAGGUGCUACUGGCUUCAGGUCCGAGGGCGUGUUUGGUGCUAUUUUCAUUGGUGCAGAUGAAAGCCCCUGUCUGGACGGCCCUGGCUGUGCCCAGAACAGGGCUGACUCCCUGGCUGGGCUCUCGGGGUUCUCUCCUCGGCCCUACAUCCCAGAAGCCAAAUAUAUACCUACCACUAGUUAACGCACAUUAUGUACUGUGCCCACGGUGUUUGCAUUGUGCUCUCCGGUGAUGGUUUUACAGGCAAGGGAAAAUCAAGAACAACCCAGGGACAACCCUAUACAGGAAAAACUAGGCAUUUCAUUGGAAACUGGUUGGAUAUGUUUAAUAAAGUGGGUGUUUUUGUUUUG